AUGAAGUACUCCUUGCCUGGUUCAUGGCUUUUAGCCGCGGUUACAUCUCUCUUUGGAGGAGUUACUGCCUCCCCAGAUGAUCCGUUGCCUCCAUCGGUGCCCAGACCUGCCGAUGACCCAAAGGUCCAGUCCUUUCCCUCAUGGAAUCCAGUUCACUCUGGACAUCACAUCAACCUCACCAGGGUCCGCCAUGUUCACAAAUGCCUCCAAGACUGGUGCGACGAUCGUUACCUCAUUUGGGAACUGGGCGGCAAGGCCAUUUGCAAAACAGACCAUCCAGAUGGAGAGAACGUCGUGGGCUGGCUCUGCAACCUGGGAUAUUAUCAAAAGGCCUGCUCAGCCGCCAUGCUCAACCAGGCCGCCAAAAAGAUGAUUGAGGGUAUGGAUGACUACAGAGCCCCCUCCCCCGCAGGCCAUAUCUAUUACAUGCCAGAGAGGUCUCAAUCGUUUGUCUUUGGUUGGGACACCUAUUGCAACGGCUCACCUUCAUGCGGAGGACACCGGGAUCCUACCAUAGUCUGUGAGAACCAGAUCAAUCACUAUCGCCACAGGCCGAGUCCCAAGCCGGCUCAAUUCGUUAGCAUCGCUAACGCGUACGGAUCCGUGAGACACGAGGGUUACCACGUUGAGGAGGACGUUGAAAGUGAGCAGGGCCAAAACAGCAACUGCACUGAAGAGGAGGAGUUCGAGAAGUUCAAAAAGGAUCAAGCCAUGAAGGACAUUUCGAUUGCCGAGCAGAUAAUCAAGAAGAAGUUUUGGCCGCACACCCAAAAGGGAAUACCACUCGAAGCGGCCAGUGAGGAAAACAUUUAUUACAACCCAGAACACCACAGGAAUGGCGGCCGCUGA